GCAGGUAUUAGGAAAACAAACCACAUAAGUAGAAGUGAGUUUCAGUUCAGUUUAGUUUCCAACAACCGAACCUUAAAUGUCUUCCUCGAGUUCAUCAAGAUCGGUGGAUCGCCCAAGCGUUGGGCGGAACGAUAGUGAGAGAGGAAUUCCCAAAAAAUGCUACUGUGGUGCUCCACCAAUACUCAAAAACUCAAUGGGGAGAGAGUACCCUGGACGGAGAUAUUUUACGUGCGAAAUGGUCGAGGACGGAGGUGUCCACAUCGGGAAAUGGUGGGAUGAAGCAAUGAUGGAGGAAGCGACAAUGCUGAGGCUGGAGUUGGAGGACGAAACGGAGAGGAUGCGCCGGAGCAAGAUGGAAAAGAUGCGUGAGAAAAUCCAGACACAUAAAGAGGAGAUAGAAAUCUUGUUCGAGCUCCAUGCAAACCAUCAGAAUGCUGUAGCAUUGUUGAAGGAGGAAAUAUCUAAGAAGAGCGAUGGACAAUCAUUGGCUUUGCUGAAGGAGGAGGUAGCGAAGAAGAGCGAUGGAAUAGCAGUUGAGCUGCGAAACGUGUUCGUGGGGAUAGUUCUGGUUGUAGGUCUCCUUAUAUAUGUUCUUAAGUAGUGACAACUUGGAUGGAUCCUUAAAACCGUAAUCGUUGUUACAUUGCAAAUCUCUAUUUACAUUGUGCGAUUGAUGUUAUUAAGUGAAGUAGUUUGGUUUUAUGGAAGAUUAUUUGCGAGUGUGAUUAUAUUAUGAACACAUGUGUGUGAACAGAUGUGUGUGGACAUUCCAGGAUGAAUAUCCAUAUUGAAAUCAGACAGUCCAUUUAAACUCCAUGAUGUUCGGAAAAAUGUGGACACCUUAAGCAUAAUACAAACCUAUUUUGACC